AUGCUGAGAUUUGUCACAGACCAUGUGGGAGGCGUGGGGUCAAAGCGGAAGCAGGCUUCAAAAAGCUGCGAACCUUGUAAGAAGCGUCAUAAACGUUGUCGUCACAAUGAGCCACCAGUAACUGACGCAGAGCCUGUACCAACCGCAUCACGGCAAGCCCCAGAUCACCAGGCGAUAGACUCUUCGAAAGACAACUUAGAGCCUUCUAAUAGUGCCCUUGGGUCUUCUUCUCACUUUUCGGAUACUAUGCCGGCUGUUAUUAGCCUGGAAAACGCUAAAUCCGGGCCAGCAGACCCAAAACGCGGCUCUUCAAGAGAUACCCAUCUGCGCUUUGUUGGAGACUUGAGCCCCGAGGCUUCCCUCUUAGUCAACAGAACAACCAGAGAAGGAGCUCAAAGUGUGUCGCGUCAUGAUUAUGUGGGGGUGUGGCUGGAUCAAAAGUCUGAACAACCAACCCGUCGAGAUAUUCAUGAGAGGAACGACCAUGGACAACCAAGAGCUGAAUCUCGAACAGAUGACGGGGCUCCACUACUUGAGAGGCUCAGGCCAGCACUUUCGCAGGAGUGUUUGGUAACUGUGCCUCCGGAUUCCGAAUAUGCAUGCCUCUCGUCCAUAUAUUACGCCAAGAUCAACCCGAUCUUUCCAAUCCUCCACGCCGAGGCCCUGGAUCAGCAUGCUGAAAUGGAAGCUGUGGCCCUGAAACAGUGCAUUUGUUUGGUCGCGUCGAUGGAUCCAUCGUCGAGGAAGCACCUGCGUUUGAUGAAUACUGAGAGAGUCCACUCGCAGAUUGAAUUCAGAGACCGAAUGGCGGCGGCUGUCAAGCAAUCUCUUAACAUGGGAUUCCUCAGCGACAACAUGGUUAUCCUACAAGUUUCGGUUCUUAUGGCAUUUCAUGUGGAUAAACCGGGCUGUAGUGAUCUGUCGUCCUACUAUUGCGCUCAAGCAGUGAACCUUGCACAGACUCUUGGCCUUCACCUAGGAUGGCCAAGUGAGUGUGACAGAAUCGAAAAGUCCAAACGCAUAUUCUGGUGCGUGUGGGUUCUAGACCGGCUUAAUGCAGCUGCCAAUGGGCGUCCAAUAAUAAUACAUGAGCGAGACAUGGACCAAACCAUCCAGGCCUCUGCUGACUCCCAACAACCUGCAUUUAAACUGCUAAUAUUUAUCACGCGGUACUUGGAUCAAACUAUAUCUUUCUAUCGUCCACACGCCGAUCUCCCAGGAGCAGAUGCUGUAAGUAAUACUUCCUUUGAGGACAUGGUCGAGGAAGCUGGUGCUUUGGAAGUAGGGAAUGCUCUGCUUGCAUCACUCGAGUUGCUUUACCUGUCGGUUGUCAUUCUCCAUAGUAGACCGAAAGCGAAGAAAGAUUAUAAUGGAACCCGAAGCUCCGAACUUCAGAUAUUUGGUGCGACAAGUAUUGUUUCAAUUGCUUCGCAAGAGUUCAAGGAUACCGUUUCGUUUUGGCCUAUCGUUCCUUACUCUGUCUCGUUGGCAACAUCCAUCGCAUACAAGGGCCUUCGCAAUAGCAUCACGGCUGCAAGUCGAAGACGAGCCUACGCCCUCUUUCAGAAUAGCUGCGAGGUACUUGAUGGCCUAAGGAAAGCAUUUGUAUCUGCACGUGCUGUCGCUAAGUUGGCAAUGGAUACAUUGCAAGAGAUGGAGCGGGUUACAGCUGAGAGGAGAAGGAAUCAGUUUGCACACAGCGGCCCAGCGUCCUCAGUAGAACAGUCCCAAGAUGCUGGCCAGCCGGAAGAUGUGAUUCAACUCCAUGAAGGCCAACGAUCGACUUCAGCGGCGCAUCAGGCUCCUCACAUGCUUUUGGAGGUCUCCGAAUCUUCUCGGAGCAGCCUUCGGCCUUUACCGGCGCUGAAUGACAGCUUGAUGUUACCUGAUGAGUAUGGCCUCACUCAUUUUGAAGGAGAGGCAGGGAUUUUCACAGACUUUGAUCCCAGCUUUGAUCUUGAUCGUCUUGACGCUCUCUUUUCGUCGAAUCUUGAUCCUACAGUUCCCGUUAUAUCAACGGAAUGGUUUGAAGCAAACUAA